AUGGAAAUCAAAAGCCACAGGUUUCUUAAAUGGCCGGAGAGGAUGAAAGCACCUCCUGGUAAAAGAAGUAAAGGGCGAUAUUGCCUUAAACAUCGAGACCACGGCAAUGCCACCCAGGAUUGCUUCGAUCUCAAAGAAGAAGUGGAAGGACUCAUGCGGAUAGGAUAUCUCAAAGAGUAUGUGGAAGACCCUAAAGCGACGCAGAAUAGUGAGAACGACUGUAAGACACCUGCUCGAGAAAUUCGAACAAUAAUGGGGGGUCCAGUAGAGAGAGAAUCGGUAAAACCACAAGCAAGAAUUGAGUUCUCAGAGGAUCAAGUGACUCAUCUCCUUCACCCACACAACGAUGCACUAGUCAUUAUUCUGAAAAUAGCCCAUGCGAAGGUGCACCGGAUCUUGGUAGAUGGGGGCAGCUCAGCAGAUAUCAUCUUCCUAGCGGCCUACAAAGCCAUGAGUCUAGGAGAUAAAGGUCUUAAGAGUAGCCCGACACUGCUAGUAAGAUUUGGAGGAGAGCGAGUCAUUCCUGAAGGAAGAAUAAAAUUGCCAGUGACAUUCAGGAGUGGACCAAAGAGCAUCACCAAAAUGGUAUAUUUUUUGGUCGUCGACUACGCAUCCUCCUAUAAUGGGAUAUUGGGUAGGCCAACAAUGCACAUGCUCAGGGCGAUACCAUCUACAUAA